AUGCUCUUGGCCUCGGCGGUGGUGGUCUGGGAAUGGCUGAACGAGCACGGCCGCUGGCGUCCCUACAGCCCUGCCGUGAGCCACCACAUCGAGGCGGUGGUCCGCGCCGGCCCCCGCGCCGGGGGCAGCGUGGUGCUGGGCCAGGUGGACAGCCGGCUCGCGCCCUACAUCAUCGACCUGCAGUCAAUGAACCAGUUCCGCCAGGACACGGGGACCCUCCGCCCAGUUCGCCGCAACUACUACGACCCGUCCUCAGCCCCCGGCAAGGGCGUGGUGUGGGAGUGGGAGAACGACAACGGUUCCUGGACGCCCUACGACAUGGAAGUGGGCAUCACCAUCCAACACGCCUACGAGAGGCAGCACCCCUGGAUCGACCUCACUUCCAUCGGCUUUAGCUACGUCAUUGACUUCAGCACCAUGGGCCAGAUCAACCGGCAGACCCAUCGCCAGCGCCGCGUCCGCCGGCGUCUGGACCUCAUCUACCCCAUGGUCACGGGCACCGUGCCCAAGGCCCAGUCCUGGCCGGCCAGCCCGGGAUCAGCCGGAUCAGCCGGAUCCGCGGGAUCAGUGGCCUCACCACCAGGCCCGCCCUGCUCUUGCCCGCAGUGCGUCCUGGUGAUGAGCGUCAAGGCAGCCGGGCCCCCGCAGCCUCCAGCAGCCCGCAAGAACAUGCCCCCACCCGGAGCGGUCAAGCUACCCCAACCACCACCAGGGCCUGGGGCCAAGCUCCUGGACAGCACGGGCACCAUCCGAGGCCCCGUGAAGACCGCCCCAUCCCAGGCAAUCCAGCGACAGGCCGCCAGCACUCCGGCAGGGGCGGCUGGGGGCUCUCCUGCUAGCCCCCCGGGAGCCAACGGCAAGACAGGAAGGGUGGCCCUGGCGACCUUGAAUCGGACCAACCUGCAGCGGCUGGCCAUGGCGCAGUCCCGGGUGCUGAUCGCCUCUGGGGUCCCCACUGUCCCAGUGAAGAACCUAAAUGGGUCCAGUCCUGUCAAUCCUGCCUUGGCAGGCAUCACUGGGAUCCUCAUGAGUGCAGCGGGGCUGCCUGUGUGUCUCACCAGGCCUCCAAAGCUGGUCCUCCACCCACCCCCCGUCAGCAAGAGCGAAAUAAAAUCCAUCCCAGGGGUUUCCAAUACAAGCCGCAAGACCACCAAAAAACAAGCCAAGAAAGGUAAAACCCCAGAAGAAGUGCUGAAGAAGUAUCUGCAGAAGGUCCGGCACCCGCCAGAUGAGGACUGCACCAUCUGUAUGGAGCGCCUCACAGCUCCCUCAGGCUACAAGGGCCCGCAGCCAACGGUCAAGCCUGACCUGGUGGGAAAGCUGUCCAGAUGCGGCCACAUCUACCACAUCUACUGCCUGGUUGCCAUGUACAACAAUGGCAACAAGGAUGGCAGUUUGCAGUGUCCAACCUGUAAGACCAUUUAUGGGGUGAAAACAGGCACCCAGCCUCCAGGGAAGAUGGAGUACCACCUCAUCCCCCACUCGUUGCCUGGCCACCCAGACUGCAAAACCAUCCGGAUCAUCUACAGCAUCCCCCCUGGCAUUCAGGGACCAGAACACCCUAAUCCUGGGAAGAGCUUCAGUGCCCGUGGUUUCCCGAGACAUUGUUACCUUCCAGACAGCGAGAAAGGGAGAAAAGUUCUGAAGUUGCUGCUGGUGGCCUGGGAUCGCCGCCUCAUUUUUGCCAUUGGUACCUCCAGCACAACGGGCGAGUCAGACACCGUCAUCUGGAAUGAGGUCCACCACAAGACAGAGUUUGGCUCUAAUCUCACUGGCCAUGGCUACCCAGAUGCCAAUUACCUGGAUAAUGUGCUGGCUGAACUGGCUGCCCAGGGCAUUUCUGAAGACAGCACUGCCCAGGAGAAGGACUGAACUGGAAGGGCUUUGGGGGAGAGGGGCUGUGGGGACCACAGGGUAGGAAGUGAGGAGAGUCAAGGUAGAAGUUGGUGCAGUGCCCUCCAGACUCCCUCAUCUCCCCUCCUGUCCUAUCUCCAUUCCCCAUUCCUCCCAGCCACAGAGGGGAGCCAGAUUGAAUAAGAGGAUUUCAUUCGUAAACCUCAUCCAUUACAAAAGGGACAUGAGAUGAGGGCCAUCCCCAGUCUGUUCCCAUGGAGUUUUCGGUGCUGGGUAGUCAAAAACACCACCCCUCACCCCCUGAGUCGGGGGCAUGGUCAGCACACUUAGGGUGUGGACAGUGCACGGGCACUCCAUAUCCUGGCCUCGUGAAGCCUAAGGGUCAUUGCC